AUGCACCCCAAGUUCUCCUGCUUUCUGGCCUGCGGCCUGCUCAUCUGUAUCUCUUCAGGGAAAGGCGGGUUCCAGAAGGUAGGGGACUGUCUGAGUGUGCGGGCUGGUAAGCCACUGGUGCUGCGGUGCCGGGGGCAGGCCGUGCGCUGGAGGAUGCCCAAAUACCUGGAGGAGGAGGCGGAGGCCGAGGGGCGCCUGAGAAUCAAGCACUUUGGUCAGCACAGCCAGCUGCUGCUGGUGAACUCCACUGGGGCAGACACAGGUGAAUACAGCUGCUGGGCUCGGCACUGCCAGGAUGGGCAGUGUGCAGAAGGUCAGGAACACCUGGCAAAGACUUUCGUCUUCUUCACAGACCCAGAGGAGCUCUUUGUGCCCACUGAGGAUUAUUAUCAGGUGGUGCAGCUACGCACUCAUCAGCCUGCCCUGCUUCCCUGUCAGGUGACCAACCCCCUGGCCCGGGUGACUCUGCAUCGGGAAUUCCCCCCUGAAGAAAUCCCAGUGGAUGGGACGGACAUCUCCUUUGAUGUGAAGAAAGGCUUCACCAUCCACCGGCCCCAAGCUUCUUUGGCUGGCUCCCUCUUCUGCUUGGCCAGCCUAGGUGGCCUGAGACAAAUCUCUACCAAGUACAUGCUCAUCUACGUCAACUACCCAUCUUCCUCCCCCAAACCCACCAUCCUAGCUUCAACCACAUCAGUCCAACUGGGAGACAACUUCAAUGUGACCUGCACAGUUCUGGGUGAGCCAGAGAUUGCUAUGGACUUCAGCUGGGAAUAUCCGGGGCAGAAGCAGGGCCGACCCCCCUACACCAGCAAGCGGGUUGCUGUGGUCCACAGGGAGGGCCAGGUGCAGCGGGAGGCGGAGAGCACCCUGUAUGUGGAAGAGGCUCGGGCCGGGGAUUCUGGCUUCUACACUUGCAGAGCCACCAACCUUCAGGGCACAGGAUCUGUCACCACACAUGUCCGAGUGACCCAACGCCCUCAAGGCUCCCCUACCCCUCAAUAG